AUGGAGCAGCAUGUGUUGAUCUCCAAGCUAAAAAUCCCGUGCUGUACUAUUAAUUACUUGCACGAGGGGAUUUUUAUUUUUCGCAUCCCUUGUCGAGUCGAUAUCUGCCCGAUGUCGAAGCAUGGACCUGAUAAACAUGGACACGGACACGGACACCACCUGGACACAACGAUGAUAAUACCGCCCCCUUUCGUUCUAUCAAAAUGGUUGAAAGGUCUUCUCCUCUGCUUCAUGCUGGUGUGCCGCGAAUCUUGA